AUCCGCAGCUUCCCGGACUUCCCCACGCCGGGCGUGCUGUUCAGGGACAUCUCGCCCCUCCUGAAGGACCCCGACUCCUUCCGCGCCUCCAUCAGCCUCCUGGCGAGCCACCUGAAGAAGACCCACGGCCGCAAGAUCGACUUCAUCGCGGGCCUAGACUCUCGAGGCUUUCUGUUUGGCCCCUCCCUGGCCCAGGAACUUGGCUUGGGCUGUGUGCUCAUCCGAAAGCGUGGAAAGCUGCCAGGCCCCACCGUGUCCACCUCCUACACACUGGAAUAUGGGAAGGCUGACCUGGAAAUCCAAAGAGACGCCCUGGAGCCAGGGCAAAAGGUGGUAGUCGUGGACGAUCUGCUGGCCACUGGUGGAACCAUGCGAGCAGCCUGUGAGCUGCUGGGCCAGCUACAGGCUGAGGUGCUGGAAUGCGUGAGCUUGGUGGAGCUGACUUCACUGAAGGGCAGGGAGAAGCUGGGGGCUGUGCCCUUUUUCUCGCUUCUGCAGUAUGAGUGACCUCAACACCCUGACCCACACCAGCUAGAAAAGGAGAGGUCCAGCCUCUGUCACUACAAUGGCCUCCACUGGCUGCCAAGGGUACUCGCUGCCCACCUGGACUUUUUUAUACAUUCCUGUGGUUGAGUGACUAUAUCCAGCACCCAGGGACUGUCCUGCAGCUUCUGGAAGUGCAAAGGCCUGAAGCCACAGCCCAGGGCAAAGCCAAGCCAAAGCUGCUCAGGUUUUUAUAGUGAAAUUAUAAGAACAUGAAUAAUCAA